AUUUUUUUUUGAAGUCAUUCGAUAUAUGCAAAUCCAAGUGCAUCUAACGAUUUUGGACAGCUAUGUAUUCGGAGAUGCGUUUUAAUGUUGUGACUUGUGUGGAUAGCAUUUCUAAAAACUUGUGCCACUAAAAAAGUAAAAAACCUCGUGCUUCCCCCGUUCAACCCUGUUCCAAGUAAAUAAACCCAGUGUCCUCUUCACUCUUUUCCCACUCACCCACAAUUUCAGCUCUCCCAAUUCGAUUUCAAUCCAUCUAGAGAGAGAUGGAUCCCAUGGAGGACGACACGGAGCAACAGCAGCCGCAGCAGCAGCAGCAGCAGAGGCAGCAAGACAUGGAUUUGAACGGGGAGCCCUACAGCCGGUGCCUGAGCAGCUACGUCGACGAAGGCAGCACCGAGAGCCACCGAUACUACCUCUCCCGCAGAACCCUCCUUGAGAUGCUCAGGGACCGGGGCUACUCCGUCCCAGCCGCCGAAAUCGAAAUGUCCCUCCAGGAUUUCCGGUCCAUUCACGGCCAAACCCCCGACAUCGAGCGCCUCAGGAUCUCCGCCUCUCGCCGGUCCGACUCCUUGGAUAAGAUCCUCGUGAUUUUCUGUGGACCAGGUAUCGUAAAAGUGAAUGUCAUUCGCAUCAUUGGAACUAUGAUAGGUAACAAAGACUCUUUGAGUCGGCUGAUAUUAGUAGUGCAAAAUCGAGUAACAAACCAAGCUAUGAAGGCUAUGGAUCUUUUUAGCUUCAAGGUGGAAGUUUUCCAAAUUACCGAGUUGCUUGUUAACAUCACAAAGCAUGCGUUAAAGCCAAAGCACCGUGUAUUGACUGAUGAAGAGAAAAAGAAGCUCUUGAAGAAGUUUAGUUUGGAGGAAAAACAGCUUCCUCGGAUGUUGCAGAAAGAUGCUAUUUCACGAUAUUAUGGACUGGAGAAGGGGCAAGUGGUUAAAGUCACUUACAGUGGCGACAUCACGGAGUCCCACGUCACUUAUCGCUGCGUUUGGUGAUGCGUGUAUCUUAAACGGAUUAUCCAUUAUCCGUGUGAAAAUUGAUGGACGGCUUGUUUAUUUGUGCUGUGUGUAACCUUAAACCUAUGGUAGGACUGUGAAAAUGGUAGAACUUUACUACUCUACCAGCUAUGUGUCUCCAAUGUGUUUAACCGAUGCUAUGAAACUGCGGUUAAGCAGACAA